AUGCGCCUCCUUCUGCUCGGCCUGCUUGCGGGGCUCGCGGUCGCCGAGAGCGGCCCGACCCUCAUCCCUGGCGACGCCCUCGGCUCGGACUCGGCCAUGCACGCCAGCAUCGACCACGACUGGAAGACCUGCUCCGCCUUUCACGGCUGCCGCGGCGGCGACCGUUCGGAGAAGAUGGUGAGUGUCGAACUCGCCGGCGCCGGCGCGGCCGGAUCGAGCGCACAUCACGCGCCGAACGCCUCCGCGUCGCUCGCCGGCGCGGAGGCCCACAAGUGCACCAUGAACGAGUGCCCGUGCGCGACCAGCGAGUCUGGGGACGCAAACGUGUGCUGCAAGGACAACAAGUUGAGCGAGUUCUCGAUCGAGGGCGGUUCGGCGCGCGCCACUCCUGGCCGGCCCUCCCUCCGCGAGGGCUGGUGGUGCUGCGCCUCUGCGGCGGUGCUGCUCCUCGAAGCGUGCGGCGCCUGCUGGCUGCUGCUGGGGCAGCGGGCGCCGCGCUCCGGUGCUGCAGCCUCGGGGCAGCGAUCCAGCAAGGCGGUCCGUCCCCGGCUGAGCAAAAAGGGCCGCGGCCGCGGCUCGCACCGGCGACCGAAGCCGCGCGGACCGCAGGUGCGCAAAUGCAAGUCGCCGUCCGGCUCUGGCGGCACUGGCACUAGCGCUGGCGCCGCCGCCGGCGCUGGCAUCCGCAGCACUGGCAUCCGCGCCGGUCUCAAGCAGGCAACCGGCCGCGUGCAGAGCAGCUUUGCGGGUGCCCCAUGCGCCACCAUGUGCAUCUGGUCUUGCUUCAUCCGCACCGGCCUCUGCGCGUCUGUGGCCGGCCCGGCGGCCAGCAGGGCGGUCCUUCCCCGGCUGAGCAAGAGCCGCAGCUCGGUGCUCUUUGGAUUCUACCAGAUCUGCACCGUGUUGUCCUCCACCUACUCGGCGCGGCUGCCGCCAGAGUACACGGGCUGGACCGACAAGCUGGCUAAUACGGUCUCAAUCGACUGGUCUGGCCUUUUCCUGCCGCAGCAGUGCCUCGGCUACGAUUUGCGGCUGCUCGCCAUCGCUCUCUCGCCCGUCGCCUUCAUCGCACUGCUCAUGGCAGCCGGGAUAAGCCUGCGGCUCUACCGCUGGCGUGCCGCGCCGCCACCGCGCCCAAUGGAAGCGACGCCGGGAGCCGACACCGAUGCAGCAUUCGGCCUCGUGGAAGCAUCGAUGUCGGUGAUGUCGGCGAUCGCUGACGCGAUAAACGCAGACGAGGACGCUCCGCGUGCGACGCCGUGGUAUGCUGAGGCGGCCCUCGGCGUCCUCGAUCUCACGCCUGCCGGUUUGGUGCUCAUCUUCUGCUUCGUGCCCUCCAUCAGCGCCUCCAUCUUCCGCGCGUGGUCAUGCAAGGCCUACACCAUCUCUCCGCCCGACUCGCCUCUCGAGCAGGUCUCCUACAUGCGGCUGGACGCGAGCGUCGAAUGCUACACCGAGGAUCACGAGUCCAUCACCGACCUCGCCAUCGGCCUUAUCGCCCUGUGGCCUGCGGGCUCGCUGAUCCUCUUCACUUCGCUCCUCGUCGCCUGCUACAAGCCGCUACAGGCCAAGAGGCCGAAUGCCCUGACGCGGGCCACCGGCUUCCUCCACCGGGAGUACAAGAAAAAAUGCUACUGGUGGGAGGUGGUCGAGCUGGCGCGCAAGCUCGUGCUCACGGGCUUCGUGCUGCUGAUCCCGGAGAAGAGCGCCUUCCUUCGCCUCGUGGUGGCGACCCUCGUCUGCUCCUUCUACGCCGUCGUGCUCGCCGUCGUGCGGCCCUUCAAGCGGGUCGAGGAUAACGUGCUGGCCGUGGCACGGCUUGGAUUGCAGGCCACCAGCCUCGUGCUCCUCCUCCUCUUCCUCGCCGCGAACUGGACGACCAUCUUCCUCGGUAUCAUUGAGCGCUCCAGCGUCGACACCGCCGAUGCAGUCCUCGGCUUCGAUAACCUGUCUGGCAUCAUCAACUCGAUGCUCGUCCUCGUCGGCGUGACGCUGCUCUUCUUCCUCAUCGGUGCCGUCUUCUCCGCCCGCCACGCCAAGGAGGUUCCCACGAUCCGCCUCGUCUCGACCAACCAGCCGCCCGAGCUGAGCGUCGGGAUGGGCAUCACGUGGCAUCUCUUCAACAGCCACAUCUGGAGUACCGGUCAAGACGCCGUCGCGGUCAUCAAGAAGCAGCUGCAGAUCCUGCUGCCUGGCAUCAAGAUCUUCCUCGACGCGCGCGCAUGCUGCCCAGUAGAUGACCUCAAGGAUAUCGGAGCGCUCGAGGAGUACAUCCAGCGCUCGCAGAACUGCCUUCGAGAGGUCCGCUCGUCGCUCGAGAUGGACAAGCCGCUCGUCCUCGUCCAAGAGGCCGACCCGGCCAAGGGCGGCGGGACGCUACCAGCGCUGCGCGCAGAGUGCCCCGAGGAGCUCCAGCCCGACAUCUUUGACAAGGACUGGCCGCUCACGAUCUGGUACCGGAUCAAGGAGUUUCAGAUUGCGCUGCUCCUUUGUUCGCCCAACUUUCUGGACAGCACCUCCCUUCCGCUCACAGUGACGGGCGAGCUGCGGAUCAGGGCAUUCGGCUUCUCCACGUUCGCAAAGGUCUGGGCCUCUCCGGCCAACGCCGGCGCAAAGGAGCUGGCCGAUGAGCUCGUCGCCGCCUUUCCCGGCCUCACCGUCUCCACCGCCGAGGAGGCUGGCGACGCGACCCACAUGCUGCUCUACCUCAACGAGCACAGCUUCAGCGACGAGCGGCUGGCCGAGCAGGUUACGCAGGCGCGCCAGGACAGGCUGCCGAUCGUCAUGGCGCACGAGAACGACCCGGACCGCGGCGGCUGCGAGUUCGCCAAGUUUUUUGAGACCACGCCGCAGGAGCUCAUCGCGGGCGGGCUCUACAAGGACCUCGCGCGCUCGUGCUUCCCCGGGCGCCACCGCGAGGCGCGCGCUCGCCCCCUCGCCGCCUGGUGGGCGCUCACCGGCCGUCACGCCGCGCUGCUCAACCCGCCCCCCGCGUAG